GCAGCAUCAUUUGAGGGACGUUCACAUGCAGUGCAGUAGAACGUGCAGGUGAGGGGAGGAGGAGAAUGCGGGACUUUUCCUCAAACACUUCACACACAUCCACCACGGACUCCGGAGGAAUUACUAAAGGCUUUUGUUGCUAGUUCUCUAUCCUGCUCACCAUCUUUCCAUAGUGGCUAGUUUACGUGCUCUGAGAAGUCGAACUGAAAAGCUUUUCUCUUUGUCAAGUUCGCCGUGAAGGAAUCUAUAAGAGCUUGGCACGCGCGCGUAAGACUGCGGGGAAAGCUUUCCAAUUUUCCUCUCGCUGUGGUUUAAGGUAAGAGAACAUAUAAUAUCGGGAAAAGACUUUAGAAAGCACUUUGGCUUAUUCCCAGCCAGUAGCGCAAGCUCUGGGAUGCGAAUGUGAGAGCUGAAUUCACAGACAGAUCUCUUUUGUGUUCUACUGCAUUGCAGUUUAAAACUGUGAAAGCGCGAGAGGAGCCCGCGCUCCGCAGCAUCUCAAUGAGCCGGACAAAGUCAUUUAAACUGCUCAAAUUUGACUCCCGUUUACUCUUAAAGGGCACAAAGGAACAUUCUUGUCGGUAAGAGCUGUAAAGACUUAUCGCCGAUGCCGAGCUCUUCACAAAGUGGAUGUUUUAUUUAAUCGUGCUGAAAACGUGACCGGGAAACUAAAAGACUGCAGGAGAAAAUAAGAUUUUGCCAAAGGAAGCGUUUAUAGAGAUUAAUUGGUGGCGAGUCUUGGACCAGAGGAAGCUGCAGAUAGAGAGUGAAAGAGAGAGAGAGAGUCAUGGGGAGCAGGAGCAUUGGCGCAGUGCACUCUGCGCGCUGCUACCUCGUGCUUAUCCUGCAGCUGCUGACUCAGCUCCCGCGCGCCAAUUCAGUGCUGCGCUACCGCGUGGCAGAAGAGGGGCCGGCCGAUGUGCAUAUUGGGAACGUGGCUUCAGACCUGGGGCUGUCCACCUCUGGGAUCGGGACAGGUGAUGUCACUUUCGCUUUGGAAUCUGGCUCAGAAUACUUCAAAAUUGACAACGUCACUGGAGAGCUUACUACAGGCAGCAAGAGGAUUGACAGAGAGAAGCUGCCGCAGUGUCAGAUGAUAUUUGAUGAAAAUGAGUGCUUUUUGAACUUUGAGGUAUCAGUCAUAGGUCCCCUACAGAGUUGGGUGGAUCUGUUUGAUGGCCGUAUUGUAGUCACAGACAUCAAUGACAACACCCCCUCUUUUCCUUCACCAGUACUCACACUGUCUGUUGAGGAGAAUCGGCCAAUCGGCACACUCUAUCUCCUUCCCACAGCCACAGACCGUGAUUUUGGUCGUAAUGGCAUUGAUCGCUAUGAGCUUAUCCAGGACAGUAGAGAUGGGGGAUCAUCUUUGCGGCGGCCUGCGAACGGACCGACCAAUGGGAACGGUGGUGACCGAAGGAGAGUGUCAGAAACAGGGGCAGGACCUGCCAGCAGGAGCAGCGUGUUUGAACUUCAAGUUGCCGACACACCUGAAGGACAGAAACAGCCCCAGCUGAUCGUGAAAGGGCCUCUGGACCGCGAAGCACGAGAUUCUUAUGAACUCGUUCUACGGGUUCGUGAUGGCGGCAACCCUCCCCGCUCCUCACAAGCUCUGUUACGAGUGUCCAUCACAGACGUCAACGACAACAGUCCACGCUUUGAGAGAGCCGUGUAUGAAGCAGAAAUGCCAGAAAACACCCCACCUGGCACACCUGUCCUGCAGGUGCGUGCCGCAGACCGUGAUGUCGGCGUGAACGGGCAGGUUGAGUAUGUGUUUGGAGCAGCGACGGAAUCAGUGAGGCGCCUUCUGAGGUUGGAUGAAGCAUCUGGUUGGCUGAGUGUUCUGCAUCGCAUAGACCGCGAGGAAGUUUCGCAGCUACGCUUCACCAUCACAGCUCGUGACCGCGGCCAACCACCUCGCACUGACCGCACUACAGUCGUUCUCAACGUAAGGGAUGAAAAUGACAAUGUACCCAUUGUGGAAAUUCGAAAAAUUGGACGAAUCCUUGUUCGGGAUGGCGCUGCAAUGGUUCCAGAGAACGUGUUGGUGGACACUCCAGUAGCAUUAGUACAGGUGUCAGACCGCGACCAGGGAGAAAAUGGUGCGGUUACCUGCACUGUGGUUGGGGAUGUGCCAUUUACGUUGAAACCGGCGGGUGAGACAGCCCUAGCACCUCCACCAGCCACGGAUGAUGCAUUUGAACGAAACAAAAAGAAAUAUUUUCUCCACACCUCAGCACUUUUGGAUUACGAAGCUACUCGUGAGUAUAGUGUCACUAUCGUGGCAGUGGACUCCGGUAGCCCAAGCCUCUCUAGUAACAGUUCCCUUCUGGUACGUGUGGUGGACAUCAAUGACCAUGCUCCCACUUUUGCCCAGAGCUUAGUGGAAGUGCAUUUUGCAGAGAAUAAUGCCCCAGGAGAACGAGUGGUCACAGUAGUGGCUUCUGAUGCAGACAGUGGUAAGAAUGCAGAGAUCGCAUACUCACUGGACCCAUCUGUUAAUGGAGCAUUUUACAUUGAUGCCGAUCAUGGUGAUAUCCGUGCCACUGGGGCACUAGAUAGAGAGCAGAGGGAACGCUAUGAAUUUCGUGUGAUAGCUCGAGAUAAGGGCACCCCGUCUCUGCAAGGCUCUGCUACUGUCAUAGUUCAGGUCACAGACAGGAACGACAAUGCCCCCAAAUUUGUCCAGGAAGUCUUCACAUUCUACGUCAAAGAGAACCUGCUCACCAAUAGCCCCGUCGGCAUGGUGACUGUUACCGAUGCAGAUGAAGGCGAGAAUGCAGAGUUGAGUCUUUUUGUUGAGCACGAUGAAGAGGAGGGUGGAGAGGAGGGCAAAGAGGGGAAGCAAGAAGUUUUCUCCAUUGAAAAUAACACUGGAACCAUUUUCUCCUCUGCAUCCUUUGACCGCGAACGACGUAGUACAUACUCAUUCCGCGUGCGUGCUGUUGAUGGUGGAGAACCGCCACAGUCUGCCACCGCCACCAUCUCCCUGUUUGUCACUGAUGAAAAUGACAACGCGCCAUCCAUCACAUCACCCGCUAAUGAAUCAUACACCCUUCUGCCACCCGCUAGCGGAGCUCGGACUGUAGUCCGCACAGUCUCAGCCUCCGAUGGCGACACAGGGUCUAAUGCCGAUCUCCGCUACACUCUGGUAGGCGGAAACCCUUUUCGUCUGUUUGAGAUUGGCUCAAGUAGUGGGGUCAUAACCUUGGCAGAGCCCCUGGAGAGAAGACACAGGGGUCUGCACCGCUUGGUGGUCCGGGUCAAUGACAGUGGCGUGCCUUCCCUUUGUGCCACGGCACUGGUGCAUGUCUUCAUCAAUGAGAGCUUGGCCAAUGCUACGCUGGUGGAUGCACAGGUGUCCCGCAGCCUUGCAGUCCCCCUCUAUAUGGAUAUUGCAGGUGACCCAGACAGCGAGAGAGCUUUGGGUAAACAACGCCUGAGCGUUGCCAUCGGUGUCCUGGCUGGUGCUGCCGCCGUUAUUCUGGUGAUCCUUCUGGUUGUGACAGCACGACAGUGUGGGGCACAGGGUAAGAAUGGCUAUGAGGCUGGGAAGAAGGAGCCAGAAGAGGACUUUUUCAGUCCACAACCUCCCCCUCUGCUAGCCCAGGGCUCCCAAAAUGAACGUGGGCGUAAACCCCGCAGAGACAAGCGUAAUAACGGUACUGCCAAAUCUGAGCGUUCUUUAUACAGUGGAAUUAUGACGGUGAAUGCCUGCAGACGUGGGGGAGGCGAUGAAGAAGAGGAGGAUGAAGAUGUUAGCAGUGCCAGCGAGAGGAUUGCAGCACGUUAUUGUGCAGCUGCUAACGGAGACCUAAGCAGUCCAAGACUAGGCUCAAGACGUCACCAAUCAAGUCCAGAUCUGGCACGCCACUACAAGUCCAGCUCACCUUUGCCUGCAGUGCAUCUUCAGCCCAACUCACCACCCGUGGAAGGCAAGAAGCACCAAGCUGUGCAGGAACUGCCCCCCACUAACACCUUCACUGGCAACGGCACCGGUAAUGCAGACGCCAUGUCACUCAGCUCAGACCAGUGCUCCGAUUACGGCUGCCAAACUGUCAAGUACAGCAAACAGCCCCUCAGAAGAGUGACAUUUUCUGUGGUGAGUCAGGCUCCUGAUCAAGGCUGCUAUGAUAGUGGAGUGGAGGACUCUGAGACCCCAAGCAGCAAGAGUUCCUCUGGACCCAGACUGGGAUCUUUACCGCUGCCUGAGGAUGGAUAUGAAAGGACAACACCAGAAGGGAGCGUAGGCGAAGAGGAGCAUGUGGAAAAUGGUAAAAAGCCAUCUGUGAGAAAGGUCUGA